CAGAGACCGUGGGCUGCGUCUGGUGGAGGCAGAGAGAGCGGGGCUGCCCUGAAUGGAUUGACAUAAGAGGGAUUUACAUUUCAACGUAGCGUCGUGCUCCGAGAAGACUUUACAUUGUAGCACGGUUGGAAAAGCGGCGGUUCUGCUCGCUUCCCGUCCACGGCUUGUUGGUGCUGGUAUCAUGUCCAUGUGUCAUCGCCGGGAGAGGAUUGAACUUAGCAGCGGUCUAUAUUUACCGAGGAGGGAAACCAAUACAAGGUCUCGCCGUCUCGCUGGAGCAGAGUAUUAUUAGCGGUCCAGGCAGUGCAACUGUCUCUCCCUCUCUCUCUUUCUGCGGUGAUGCAUUACAAUUACCUGCUUACAGCAAUCAUAAUUAACAAUUCGAGGACAAAUCAUAAUAGAAAAAGAAUAUAAGAAAGUAUACAUAUUUUUCUGAGCAAGAGAUAAACAAUCACCUAGCUCCCAUGGUGGCUGCCAGAGGUCCUCUCCUUUACACCUUUAGCCAUGCCUGCACCUACCAAACCAAACAGGAGACAGACACCUGCUCAGAGAAAAAAGACCCAGAGAGGGACCAGCAUCAAGGGCCAAACCUGUAACUCCCAGAAAACACCAGCAGAAUCCACAAGGUCAUCAGCGAGAACCAAUCAGGUCAAGUCAGGCCGAAGUCCACGUGGAACCGGGAAGGAUCCCGGGAGGUCUCCUGGCAGUGGUAGCCAUGCUGUAAAUGUAACGGGAUCUGCUCGGCUUAGACGGUCGAGCAGUCUGCCUGACAGCUCCCAUGGGCAGAGGAAGUCCCAACGGGGAUCGCGAGUGUCUGUUGCUCCUUGCCAGUCUCCUAAAGCGUGCACAGGAGGGAAAAACAGCAGGAGGGGGAGCAGUGGGAAAGGAGCUGCAUCCCGGCAACAAAAAACAAGAAACAAGCCCUCAAGCAUCAGCAUAAACAAUCCUUCUCCUGGAGGACAAAAUGAGAGACCCGACAACAAAGAAACCCCCAGAUUUUAUCAUGAGGAUGGCGUUGAAGACGCCGCAAGUCUUGAGCCAAACGACGCUACAGAGGGUAGCUCUCUUAAAGCUAACACACAGAGAAGCAAUGUGCAGCACAGCUGUGACAGCCUUACAACUGAAGAUGAAAAGUCUUUCAGCAAUGACAACAUAGGUGACUUGAAGCAAACUGCCGGGGCUGCAUCUUGUGAUGACAGUGAUGGGCAGCUAGGUGACGGGAGUGGAGAUCGCACCUCUGACUCCUCAGAGUUAACGAGCAGUGGUUCGCCGGGGGCGCAGGGCAGCCGUGACAAAAAUGACACUUCAUCUGUCUGUGGUAGUGAGCUUGAUCAUCUUGUCAGCAGUGGUAAGCAAGAUGACGGCAGCACUUUCCAACCAGAUGGGGUUAAAGAGCUGGCCUUGAACGCGAGCAGUACAGAUGAAAGCGUGUUGAUGGUCACAGAGAAAGAUGGUGAGAGUUUGGAUGCAGAGACCAAGGUUGAGAGACAAGAUGAGACAAUGAGAGAGAAGGAAGAAAUUGCUGUGAAGCUGUGUAGUGGUGAGAGUGAAGAUACUGGGGAAAAAGAAACCCAAACCAGCACUCCAACCUGUCCAACCCCUGAUCCGCCUCAUUGUAACCCACUGACAGCACAGCCAGGGUCACCUUUGCGCGUAUUCUCCAACGCAGUUACCUCAAAUCCCACCAAAGCUCUCUCUGCCUCAAAUUCAUGUGUGCUGGAGGUUGUGAGCCAGGCAAAGACAGAUUUUCAACCUACCGUUCAUGGUGCUAAACCUCAACAUGCAGGAUCCUUGACUAUUCCCGAUGCCGCUUUGAAGGUGCAGACUGUGAUAGUGACCAGAAAUACGCCGGUCAUUAUCUGUCGGGAGUCCCUGCAACCAAGGAGUCUGGGGGAGUCUGACCUAAGAGAAACGCCUGCUGCUGGGGGAGAGAAGCAAGCUUGCACACCUUCAGAGACCAAAGACAAACGUGAAGUACAUAAAAAAGAGAUGUCUUGUUCGUCCUUUUCACUACUUAUUGAGUCAAACACCAAACUCCUCACAGGAAAACAUGAACCAAACCACAUAGUGGACGGCGCUCAGGUUGCCAUGCAAGAGCAUGACCCAGUGCCAAAGAUCUCGACUCCCUCUGUAGACAGCUGCUCCACUUUGUCCUGCAGCUCAGAAAGCACUCGGUCCUCGUUUUCCUUUGACACAGAGUCAGAGACGGGGUGCGGGGAUGCCAGCUUCUCCGCUCUGCCCGGAUCCUGGGGGCCAGAGGGGACGGGCUUCCUCUCCUACCAGACUCUAAAACCACAGAGGAAGGAGAGGAAGAAGCGUAGCAGGUGCGGGGCGUGCGAGCCAUGCCUCAGGAAGAUUAACUGUGGCCAGUGCAGCUGCUGCCUCAAUCGCAGGACCGGCCACCAGAUCUGCAAGCUUAGGAAGUGUGUGGAGCUAAAGAGGAGAGGACACUCAUCUCUAAUCAGUCGAUGCGAUGCACAGGUGGCUCCAGAAAUUGGCUCGGUAAAUGGCAAACGCAAGGCACAGAUGGAUAAUACCCACAUGGCCGCGGAGGAGGACGCAGAGGAGGAUGGCCACAAACGUCAUACUGAAUCUCCUCUUAUCGUCCAUUCGUCCCCCAUCCAAGGUGGACAGCCGGCACUUAUUAAAAGAGAAUCAGAGUUGGAUUUGACCAAUGGUGCACUUCACCGACACAUAUGUUCUUCUGUCACUUAUCAGAAUGGUUCUGAUGAGAGUUUUACAAAUCCUAAUGGUGCUAAUAUGAGCAAUGGGUCUGAGUCUGAUCUUAAAUCGGCAUAUAAAAGGACCACAAUGGGAUCAGAGCUUCAAAGGACUAUAUUUGCUGCAAUCCCCAACGACAGCUCCGAGAAUGGGCCCAGAAUGUCUCCAGAUGACAUGUCAGCUCCACUAAAGAAAAUCAAACUGGAAGAGCCGUGGCUGUGGAUCACUGAACAGACUACCACGCAGCUGAGUAGAAAGGAUGAUGAUACGUGCGAAGACCCACUAUCGAUGCUGGCGGCGGUUGUGUGCCUGUCCGUCACAGAGAGGAAGGGACUGGAGGAGCAACUUCUCGGGACACGUUCUUCCAUUCUGCGCUCCAUCAAAACAGAACCGCCAGAUUUGCACUUUGUCAAAACAGAAAAAGAUGAGUUAAAGAAAAGCACUCCGGCUAAUUUGCAAAGGACUCCCCAACCCAUCAAAAGUGAACCUCCUCAAAGUGUCCUGUUACCCAGUGUGCAGUGCUUGGCAGAGAGAAGAAACCUUAGUUUUGAUCAGGCUAUUGCUAUCGAGGCCUUGACUCAACUGGCAGUUAUACCUCAAAGCUCCUCGGGUCCCAUUAAAGUUGAAAGUAAUGGUGAACUUCCCAUUUCUUCCUGUUCCCCAAGUUUCAGCACAAAUCCUGCACAGCAAGAAGCUAAACCUGCAUCAGCCAUUCACUACAAUAAAGUCUCGGUCAUCAGCUCACCACUACACCAGACGUCAGUGAUACGCCCUCCUGUGGCCAGACAGGGGAAUGUCAUUCAAUGUUCCCGAAGGUUGAGCUCCGACACACAUCCUCCUGUGACAGAUAUGGGCUCAAACUGCAGGGGCACAGAGCAGCGUCAUGCUCCUUAUGUCAUCAAUUCACAGUGUAGCUAUAGGGAGUCCAUUCAAAUACAGUCCCACAGGGAUCAUGAGCGGCUGGUGGAGGACAGAGAAAGGUGUGUCAUUAAAGUGAGGAGGAACAGGGAUGAGGAGGAAGUGGCAGCUCAGCUGGCCGAUCUGGCCUUCAUUAUCCAGACGCGACACAAUCAGCAGUCAGAGAAAGACCCCCCUAAAGGAACCCCUGUUUCCGCUAUAAAGUACACCUACAAAUCCCAGCAAACCCCCUGUCAGAAAAAGCCCCCCUUAAAAAAGAUCAAAACUACACCCUCCAAGCCCAGGAAGAGGAAAAACGAUGGAUUACAAGAGGGAGCCAGCCGUAGGACCCCCCUCUCAAGAGGCAUGCCGGACAGGAGCAGAGGCCAGAGUGGUCUCCAGCAUGGGAAGUCAAGCUGUCACCGCAAGAACAACUUAUUUUUGCCUCUUGCUCAAAUUGAUCUGAAGAAAUACCUGACUGAGGCUCAAGAGGGAAAGAGGCAAAUGAUCCAUCAAAGUAACACUCACAAUACAAGUCUGUCUCAAAAUCCCAGCACUCUGUUAACUACAAACCACACUGGUGCUCAAGAAAGCCAGCCAUCGUCUGAUUCUAAUGGUCUUCCUCACCAACACAAUCAAUGCAAUGGUUUCAUUGCAAGACCAGAGGAGUGCCAUGUGUUAUCUCAGGUAGAGCCGCCUAUUGGUGAGCUGCGGCACGGUGCUAUUCCUGACACCAACCCUGCAAAACCAGCUUUUAUAAGCAAUGUCAGUGGGUUCCAUGUUCUGACUAAUGGCUUUUCAGGACCUCCUGAUUCCCCUCCUCCAAGCCAACAGAGCUACUACAAGUUAGAGAAGUCGGGGUCUGUCACUGUCUUGUCCACAGCUACUGACGGGGCUCAUCCUGCAGAAUCGACUCCAACGAGGACCAAUUUCAACAGCUUUCUGGACUCUCCGAUGAGUUUUCUGGAAACCCCUAUCAAGAACCUGCUCAGCACACCUUCCAAGAAAAUGGCAGAUCUUCCAUCCUGUCAGUGUGUGGACCAAAUCAGUGAAAAGGAGGAAGGCCCUUACUACACUCAUCUUGGAGCGGGACCCAACGUUGGUGCCGUGAGGGAAAUGAUGGAAAACAGGUAUGGUGCCAAAGGAAAUGCAGUGAGGGUGGAAGUUGUUGUUUACACUGGGAAAGAAGGCAGGAGCUCCCAGGGGUGUCCCAUUGCUAAAUGGGUGAUCCGACGUGGGAGCGAAGAGGAGAAGUUGCUUUGUUUGGUCCGCCAAAGGCCAGGGCACUACUGCGAGACGGCCGUAUUGGUGAUCCUCAUCCUGGCAUGGGAGGGAAUCCCUCGAGCGGUGGCAGAUCACCUUUACCAAGACCUCACGGAGACCCUCUUUAAAUAUGGCUCCCCAACCAGUCGCCGCUGCGCCCUCAAUGAAGAUCGCACAUGUGCAUGCCAGGGUUUGGACCCGGACACAUGCGGCGCUUCGUUUUCCUUUGGCUGUUCCUGGAGUAUGUACUUCAAUGGCUGCAAGUUUGCCCGCAGCAAGGUGCCACGCAAGUUUCGUCUGCUCGGAGACCUUCGGGAAGAGGAGGAGAAGAUCGAGAGCAACCUUCAAAAUUUGGCCAGUGAUCUUGCUCCACUCUACAAAAAACUGGCUCCUGUGGCGUUCCAAAACCAGGUGGAGUAUGAGGCAGCAGGGGACGCUUGCCGGCUGGGCAGGAAGGAGGGGCGUCCUUUUUCAGGGGUCACGGCUUGUGUAGAUUUCUGUGCCCACGCUCAUAAAGACACCAGCAACAUGAACAAUGGCAGCACUGUGGUGUGCACUUUAACAAAGGAGGACAACCGUGCGGUGCGGAACAUACCUGAGGAUGAGCAGCUUCAUGUGCUCCCGCUUUACAAGAUCUCUGACAGAGAUGAGUUUGGUCAGGUUGAGGGCCAGUGGGCCAAGAUCCAGAGCGGUGCUUUGCAUGUUCUCUCCUCCUUUCCCAGAGAGGUGCGUCUGCUGGCUGAGCCUGUGAAAUCUGCUCGUAAGAUCAGACAAGAAGCUCGUCUAAAAGCUCAGUCAGAGAAGAUGGAGAAGAAGCACAGGGUGUCUUCUCUCACUGCUGGUAAAGUCAAACCUGAAACACCCAGUAAAGAGCCACACGGCUUCUACAGAGUACCACCGAGACCUGCCAGUGUUGGUAGAUCCCCACCAGAGAGAAAUCAAGCCAAUGCUUACAGCCAGAGCAUCAGCAGGUGCUCUUCUGCAGGUGCCGGGGUCACUUCACCGAAAGAGGUCCUCCCCUCCAAUCAUCAUGGCAUAUCAAACCUCCAGUUUGAGCAGAAUGGCAUAGCUGUCGGCUAUCAUACAAUGGGUAACACUAUGAGUGGAUUAUCUCCAGCUUGUGGUCAGCAGGGUGCUUUGUUAGAACAUAUACCUCCACCGAACAUCAACAACGAAUAUCCCUUUAAAGCAGAGCCCAACGAGGUGCACUGCUCUGCUCUACACAGAGUGCCCCUCUCCUCCUUCUCCCCCAGACCUACCUCUGAGGGCCUCUUUAGCAGGCUCAAUGGACUUCUUCGGGCGGCAGAAUGUGUGGCAGGAGAGGUCAGGGGCCAUGACCUCCCUCCAGGCCAGCCUCUCCCAUUACAAACUCCUCCCCUCGAACCGCAAGAGACGAAGCAGGAAGAGGUGUGGUCCGACAGCGAGCACAACUUCCUGGAUGAGGACAUAGGUGGGGUCGCUGUGGCACCAUCACAUGGUUCAAUUCUGAUCGAAUGCGCGCGGCGCGAGCUCCACGCCACCACCCCCAUCCUCAAGCCAAACCGCCACCACCCCACUCGCAUCUCCUUGGUCUUUUACCAGCACAAAUCCCUGAACGAGCCAGGCCAUGGGAUGGCGAUGUGGGAUGCCAAGAUGGCAAAAAGGGAGCGGGAGCGGGAGGAGGAGGCAGAGAGACUGAGAAUGGAGGGAAGCUACGGUGCGGGGAAGAACAGAAAAACAUCAGGGGGCGGGGAGGGAGAGGAGGACGAGGAUGAGGAGACAGAGACAAGAAGGGUAAUGAGUGUCCCGACACGGCAGGCUUUUGCUGCGCCGACAGGCAGCGUUAUCACCAUGUCUCCUUAUGCACUUACACAUGUGACAGGCCCUUACAAUCGCUGGUCCUAGUCGGCGUGUUUCAACAGACUCAUUCAAAACUCCUACACCGUGGUUCUGCCUUACCUCAUUCAGCUUCAAACCGCUACUCUCAUUGUUAUCUUGUCGUUUUUAAUGUGCUUUUCUAAUGUCUGCUAACUUUGUUCUUCUUGGAGCCUUCUUUGGCGAUGAGAAGGACCAAAGGUUGUUGGCUUCUAACUGUGAGUUUCGGUGCUGGUUUUUAAUGUAAAGAGAUGGUGCUUUGAAGCAAUAUGUCUUUAAGCUGGUUUUAUACACAUAAUUUAGAAGACAAAAAAAGAUGUGAUUAUUUAUUCUGAUCAUAACAAUUUCUAUUUAAUUUUUCAUGUACGCCUGUUUACUGCAAUAUGUCUAUGAUACCCUGCUUUAUAUUGUACAGUAAGAGUGUACUUCGGUGCCAUUCUCACUGUAUCUUUGGUUUAGCAACUUCUUUGCUUCACAUAAUUUUAUUUACUACAGAUUGUCACAUGUAGCAUUGUGCUUUCUCCUCCCUCAGUCUACUGUUGGUGGUUGAAGAAAGAAAUGUACUUUUUUAUUUGUUUUCUGUGUUUUUCCUUAGUUAGAUAUUUUAUUUCUCCAAUUCACAGCUAUAGAUGGCAUAUUAAGAAGCACUUUUUUGGUUUCCCAUAACUUAACUUGAAAAACAGUGCGUUGACCUGUGACAGAGAUACUAUACAGUAAAUAUGACAAUUCAGCAGAGACCAUGUUAUUUCUGCAAUAUUUUGCUUUUUAUUCAGUUUCUUAUAAAUGGAACGCGUAUCUGCUCAAAUUCAGGAUUCAUCACAAUAAUGAAUCAUUAGAAACUGCAGAGGUUAGAUGCCUAUCAGUUUGACCAGAGCCAGUCCAAGGCCAUUUGAGGCCCUAAACAGUUAGAUUUGGGGCCCUUUCAGCCACCAUCUGUCACCACAGCUCAGCCAAUGUCCCUUUUAUAUAUUCCAUGUUCAAACCUACAUGCAUUAACAUCUAAAGGAACCAUUAUCCUGUGAAUGCUAUAAAGCUUUUUCUAUGUUUUUGGCCUCUACUGGUGCAACCAUUUAAAACCAUUUAAACAUUAAAAGAUUCUGCUCUUUUAGGACAUGAGGACCUCGACCUUCUUUAAUUAUGACUAAUUAGGUUUUUAAUGUAUCUAUUUUUUUCCAAACAUUUUUCACCAUAGAAAUGAAUGGGGAAACGUUCAAAUAAUGCAAACGCGUUUUGCUCUUUAAAGUCUAACUACUUCACGAUAGCAAGAAAUAAUCCGAUCUUUCACCAUUUUUAUAGUCACAGUUUAACCUAGCUUGUAUUUUAUUAUGCUAACAUUAGUAUAUUGGCUAAUGCUAAUACUACCCUCUACAAGCAUGUAUGUUAAUUUUUGCUAUUAGCUACCGUGCCAAUAUUAGCCUGUUAGCUAAAGUUUAGAUUUUAGCUAAGAUAUUGCAUUCUUUAGCAUAGCAGGUAGUGGAAGAUUAUGGUAGCUAACAUGCUUGCAUAGUAGCUAAUGUUAGCUUGAGAAGGGUUUCAGUAAGCUUUCAAAAUGUUAUUCUCACUCUACAUUAAACAAUCUCUUCCACUUUUGCAAUGCAUUUCUCCAAUGGAUUUAUUUCGUAAAUUGUUCUAAUAUUUCUUUCCCUUUUUUUUUAGAAUAACCCACCUAUUCAGCUUAAAGCAUUCACUUUAAUGGAGUACAUGCAAAUAUUUUUAGUUAUCAUUAAAGAUGGUCACUGGACAAUUUUCAGCUCGACUAGUGAUGUGGAUGUUGUCACAUUUAUAGCAGUUGACAAUUAAAGCGAUGUUAAAAAGUUUUUUUUUAAUUUAAUCACUGUGGUUUUUCUUAUAUUUCAGUAACUGCCAACAGUCAGAUACAAAUCCCUCUCUAAAAAAUGUACUUGCCCCUUACUCCUUAUCGGCGCUAAAGGUAAACGAUAUUAGAUUUGGUCAUAUUUUGAAUUACACGUGCAGCAAUUAUUGAUGCUCUCACUGAACCAAUAGUAAGAUGGAAAAAACGUUUAAACAGCCACUGUAACUAUCCGAAAUGUACUGUCAGAUUUUGGGGCUUUGCAAAGUUCAUCAGUGAGAGGUUCUCAUCACUAUUAGAUGGAUAAUUCUUAUCUAUAUCUACAUUUUCCUCAUCCUAACGAUAAACAAUACAAUCAUAACCCAUCCCUACUAAUCCUUGAUCAGCUGGAGGGAAAUUUAAAAAAUCAACAUUUUUUUAAAUCAGUAAACACAUAAAUAAGUGUUACCAGUUUGCACUGUCAACAGCCUUCCUCUAUGUGCACGCUAUUUUCAGGAUCAGUGAGGAGCUUAAAACUAGUGAUGCUCUAAGAGCCAAGGAGCCAGAUUUAAAUACCGGCAUGUUUUAAUUAAAAUGUUAAACUACAAUACCUGUAUUUUUUAUAUAAAGUAAAGCUUUUAUGAAAAUAUUGAAUAAAAAUUCUUACCAAUAGGCAAAAUAUUAAUAAUUCCAAACAGAAGGCUUUGAGUUAUACUCAGUAAAGUGUAAUUUAGAAUUAGUUAGGGAGCUGGGCCAAAAGAGCAGAAUCUUUGACAAGAGCUGGACUUCCCUUUACUUAAUAAAACUGGAAUUAGAGGUGUAAUCUGUCAUUUAAAAGGAAACUGUAAUUUUGGCAACAUGUCAGGACCUGUCUGAGGUUCAUUUAAGACAUGAAAAAGCUAGUGAGAACACGAUUUUCAACAAAUAACAGGUUGGUUGAAACUAUUUGAGCUUUGUUUUUUUUUCAUUUUGAGCUUCCCACAUCUGUCUGUUAUGUAACAGGCUGCCUUUUGGAAAUUAAUAUAAGGAUCUACAUUCACUACCAGCACAAACAGAGGAAGCUGUUUUAGUAAUUCAAACUGUGCUAACCUCGCUAACUGUUACUAUAAGAAGCUAACAACAGUUGAAAUAUUCAACUGCAUUAUAUUUUUGUCUCGCAUCAAAACCUCUCUCACCCUAAAAUCCUUAGGAGGGGGACGUUUGCAGCUGCUGACGUUUUUUUUCUUGGGCCAGCUCUUGGAAUGGGCAUCUUUCAAAGGGAACACGUGUAAUUAUAGGAAUUCAGAAGCUAACUGUACACUUUAUUGGUGCUAUCUUACCAGAAACUAUAUAAGUGUGUCAGAUGUCAACACAAAGCUGUCUUAGCAACUGCUGAAUCAUACUUCUCCCUGUUGUUAUAAAACAUUGUAAAACCACUUGAACACCAUGUCGCAUUUAAGAUGUUUUUUAUCAGGUGCUCGGCUCCUGUAAGGACCUUUGUUUACAGGUAUCUUCUUACAGGGUCUCAUUAAAGAGGUUGGGAUUAGCUCCUGGUAAUUGUUUGUACCCAUUAAAGAGAAGCUCUUUUUUUUUAGGAAAAUAGAUGAAUGCAACUUUAGCACAACUCGUCGCUCACAUUCACACUAACACUGAUGGCAUUACAUUUUCAGCUGAAACAUUUUGGUCACUUGCUUAAACUUGGUUUUGGUGCUAAAAGAAGAAAUGUCAAAGUACAGACACUGAUUUAAACUGGUUCUAAACUGUAUAAUGGUGCUUUUUCUAAAACUCAUCCUUGUGGUAUGUGUUCAACAAACAUUGCCUGUAUCCUUUUCUGUAACGAAUAAUGUCAGACUAGGGACAACAGAGAGAAGCAUUAAUAAGUAUUUUUUCUUGUUCCAGUUUAAGGUGCGUAACGGUGCAGUUUUAAUGUCUUCCACAAAUAAAGAUUUCCCAAGCAGCUCUUAAAAAAUCAGAACCUACGUGCAAAAAGUUAAUGAAUGUAAACUGUUUAGAAUCCACAGAAUUUUAAACAUGAUCACAUGAUAAAGUGAAAAUUGUAAUUUUUUUUAUUGCUUUUGGAGGGACAUUUUCAGUCGAUAUGGAACAUUUUUGUAACAAGCACCAGCAUUGAGAAAACUGUAAAUAUGUAUGUGAACCACAUUGUUUUUACUUUACUGUUAAAGCUGUUUUAGACAAUGGGUGAUCUUGCUUAUUUUAAAACUGAAUUACUGUAUGUUGCUAAAAGUAUAUCCAGUUUAGACUUAAGAAGAGACUAAAUUUAGCAUUCCUUUUAUGGAUGGCUGAGCUCUUUUGGGAUUGUGAAAUAAAGUCAUAUUUAUAUUUUGGACCUCA